UCUUGGAGUGGAGUAGAGACCAGUAUCAUGUUAUGUUUGAUUCAUACAGAGACAAUGUUGCUGGUAAAUCAUUUCAGAAUCGGCUUUGCUUACCCAUGCCCAUUGAUGUGGUGUACACCUGGGUGAAUGGCACAGAUGUGGAACUGAUCAAAGAAUUGCAACAGGUUAGAGAACAGAUGGAGGAAGAACAGAAAAUAAUGAGGGAAAUCCUUGGAAAGAAUGCUACAGAACCAACCAAAAAGAGUGAGAAGCAACUGGAAUGUUUGCUGACACACUGCAUUAAAGUGCCAAUGCUUGUCCUGGAUCCUGCACUGCCUACCAACGUCACCCUGAAAGAUCUGCUGUCCAUUCAUCCUGCUUUACAAGCUGCUAACAAUAUGUUCUUUGUCGCAAAACCAAAAAAUCCUUCUACCAAUGUGACAGUAAUUGUUUUUGAUAGCCCUAAGGAUGCUGAAGCUGCCCAUUCCGGAAUGUUAAAAGACAGCAGCAAACAGAUAGUAUGGAGGGGUUAUUUGACAACAGACAAAGAAGUUCCAGGCCUAGUGCUGAUGCAAGACUUGGCCUUCCUUAGUGGAUUUCCAGCUACAUUCAAAGAAACGAAUCAGCUACGAACAAAGCUACCAGAGAGUCUGGCCUCCAAAGUCAAACUGUUGCAGCUCUAUUCAGAAGCCAGUGUGGCUCUCUUGCAGCUUAAUAACCCUAAGGGUUUCCAAGAACUGAGCAAGCAAGCAAAGAAGAACAUGACUAUAGAUGGAAAAGAAUUGAUGCUUAAUCCUGCUUAUUUACUUUGGGACCUCAGCUCUGUCAGUCAGUCUAAACAGGAUGAAGAUAUUUCUGCCAGCCGUUUUGAAGAUAAUGAAGAGCUGAGAUAUUCCCUGCGGUCAAUAGAGAGGCAUGCCCCUUGGGUGCGACAUAUUUUCAUUGUCACUAAUGGGCAGAUUCCUUCCUGGCUUAACCUGGAUAAUCCUCGGAUAACUAUAGUGACGCACCAGGAAAUAUUUCAGAAUGUGAGUCACUUGCCUACAUUCAGUUCACCGGCUAUCGAAAGUCAUAUUCAUCGUAUCAAUGGCCUCUCUCAGAAGUUUAUUUACCUCAAUGAUGAUGUUAUGUUUGGAAAGGAUGUUUGGCCUGAUGAUUUUUACAGUCAUUCUAAAGGCCAAAAGGUUUACUUGACUUGGCCUGUGCCAAACUGUGCAGAGGGUUGUCCUGGCUCAUGGAUUAAAGACGGUUACUGUGAUAAAGCCUGUAAUAACUCAGCCUGUGACUGGGAUGGAGGUGAUUGCAUUGGUAACAGUGGAAGUAGUCGCUACGUUGCUGGAGGUGGUGUGGUCGGAGGCUUAGGGAAUGGACUCCCAUGGCAGUUUGGUGGAGGAAUAAGUGGUGUUUCUUACUGUAACCAAGGCUGUGCUAAUUCCUGGCUAGCAGACAAAUUCUGCGAUCAGGCCUGCAAUGUCCUCCCCUGUGGAUUUGAUGCUGGUGACUGUGGGCAAGAUCACUUUGAAGAGAUGUACAAAGUGACACUUCAGCUCAAUCAGACUUACUAUGUUAUUCCAAAAGGUGAAUGCCUGCCCUAUUUCAGCUUUAGUGAAAUAGCCAAGAAAGGAAUUGAGGGUUCCUAUAGUGAUAAUCCAAUUAUCCGGCAUGCUUCCGUAGCUAACAAAUGGAAGACUAUCCACCUCAUAAUGCAUAGCGGCAUGAAUUCAACCGUGAUCUAUUUUAAUCUUACGUUUCUAAAUAAAAAUGAUGAGGAGUUUAAAAUGCAGGUAGCUGUUGAAGCUGACACUAGAGAGGAGCCAAAACUGAACGCAACCUCCACACAAAAAUCUACUGCAGAACAUAAAACUCCAACUUCAGUACCAGAAGCUGAAAUGAUAUUUGAGGAUAUUCCUGAAGAAAAGCGCUUUCCAAGAAUCAGGAAACGUCUGAACAACACGAUGGAGGAUCUCCACGAAGUGGUGAUAAUGCCAUCAGUUAAUGUGUCUCUGCUUCCCAAAGAUGUUCAGCAAGCUCUCCAGAACUUGGAAUUAAAACUGGUAAAUGGAGAUAUCACUCAGAAAGGAUUUAAUGUAUCCAAGGCUGCUCUCUUGAGACCUUUUCAGUUCUUGACUACAGUAAAGAUCAAUGCAAGCCUGGAAAAGAAGGGUGUGGGUUAUAGUUCAGAAAAUCAGAAGAACUAUACGAGUACGCAUAAGGCUCAUAAAGUUUUGAAUGAUAGCAAAAUAGAAACAACAAUGAAAGCAAAUGAAUUAUUUUCUUCAAGGCUGAUAGGGACAAAGGGCAGUGUUGUGACAACGAACACAAACAAGCUUGCUUCUAAAAUAAGCCCUAAAUCCCCACUUCCAGCCCAGAGCAUGGGAAAUGGAAAUGAAUCUCAAGAGAAAGUAUUGAAUGCACUCAUGCUAAAGGGAACCCAGAAACCAAAAAAUACUGGGAAUGUAGAGAUUGGAGAAAACAUAGAGGGAAUGGAAGGAGAAAAAGGACACAAACAGCUGGAUACAAAUAUAAGAGAGGGGUUACUGGGAAGAAAAUUACAGUAUUAUGCUGGAAGUGACCAAGGCUUUUUGCCGUGGGAGAAAAAGAAGUAUUUCCAAGACCUUCUUGAUGAAGAAGAACUAUUACUCAAACAGAUGUCCUACUUUACUGAUGGUAAACAUUUUGGAAGGCAGUUGAAAGACACGUUUGCUGAUUCCCUCCGAUACGUAAAUAAGCUUUUAAACAGCAAAUUUGGAUUUACAUCUCGGAAAGUCCCUGCUCAUAUGCCUCACAUGAUUGACCGCACUGUUAUGCAAGAGCUACAGGAUAUGUUUCCUGAUGAAUUUGACAAAACAUCGCUUCAUAAAGUGCGACAUUCAGAGGAUAUGCAGUUUGCUUUUUCAUAUUUCUACUAUCUUAUGAGUGCAGUCCAGCCACUAAAUAUUUCCCAGAUCUUUGAUGAGGUUGAUACAGACCAGUCAGGCAUAUUGUCUGACAGAGAGAUUCGCACAUUGGCCACAAGAAUCCAUGAACUACCAUUAAGUUUGCAGGAUUUGACAGGUCUAGAACAAAUGCUAAUAAAUUGCUCUAAAGCUCUCCCUGCCAACAUCACGAGGAUUGACGUCAUUCCACCAACUCAGGAAGCGUAUUAUGAUCCCAAUCUGCCUCCUGUGACUAAAAACCUAGUUACUAAUUGCAAACCUGUGAUUCAAAGAAUCCGCAAGGCGUACAAGGACAAAAACAAGUAUAGGUUUGAAAUCAUGGGAGAAGAAGAAAUUGCCUUCAAAAUGAUCCGCACGAAUGUUUCUCAUGUAGUUGGUCAACUAGAUGACAUACGAAAAAAUCCCAGAAAAUUUGUUUGCCUGAAUGACAAUAUUGAUCACAAUCAUAAGGAUGCUCAGACAGUGAAAGCAGUGCUUAGGGAUUUUUAUGAAUCAAUGUUUCCCAUACCUUCCCAAUUUGAGCUUCCAAGAGAGUAUCGGAAUCGUUUUCUUCAUAUGCAUGAGCUCCAAGAAUGGAGAGCAUACAGAGACAAGCUCAAAUUCUGGACCCAUUGUGUUCUAGUAACACUUAUUGUAUUUACAGUCAUCUCAUUUUUUGCUGAGCAGGUUGGGGCCUUAAGUAACUCUUUCCGUGGUCUGAUGAAGAGGGUGUAAUUCUUGAAAGUUAAUUGCACUUAAACGAAAGAUAUUUCCAAGAAGAAGGAUCCAAAAGGAAGCUGGUCAUGAACGAAUCAAAGUGUAGAAGAGCUUUAUU